AUGACCAGACGCCAUGAGUGCGGUGAAUGUGGGAAGAGCUACACUAAUAAGGUAAAUCUCACCAUUCACAAGCGAACUCACACUGGAGAGAAACCCUUUGUGUGCAAGGACUGCGGAAAAGGGUUCAUCAGGAACCGGUCCCUUAUCAUCCACCACCGAAUUCACACUGGGGAGAGACCCUAUCAGUGUGCCGACUGUGGCAAGGGAUUCGCCCAGAUGGCCAAGCUCGUGGUUCACCUGCGCACCCACACCGGAGAGAAGCCCUUUGUGUGCACCGUGUGUGGGAAAGGCUUCAUCACAAAGAGUAAACUCACUGUCCAUCAGCGAACUCACACCGGGGAGAAACCUUAUAAGUGUGGGCAAUGUGGUAAAGGCUUGAAGCAUAAGGCAGGACUUGUUAUUCAUGAGCGCAUCCACACGGGAGAGAAACCGUACGUGUGUGGGGAGUGCGGGAAAGGUUUCAUCACAAGGAACGAACUCACCGUCCACCAGCGAACUCACACUGGGGAGAAGCCCUUUAAAUGUAGCGAAUGUGGUCGAGGAUUCAUCCGGAAGAUCCACCUCACCUUCCACCAGCAGAUCCACACGGGCGAGAAACCCUAUAAAUGUAGCCAGUGUGGGAAAGGCUUCAUCCAGAAGUCAGAGCUCACUUACCACGAGCGCGCGCACACCGGAGAGAAACCCUAUGUCUGCAGAGAGUGCGGCAAAGGCUUCGUGAGGAACUGUCACCUCACCCUCCAUCAGCUAAUCCACUCUGAGGAGAAACCCUAUCGGUGUGGCGAGUGUGGGAAAGGAUUCAACAGGAAGUGUGACUUGACAGUCCAUCAGCGAAUUCACACUGGGGAGAAGCCUUAUCAAUGUGGUGAGUGCGGUAAAGCCUUCAUCCAGAAGAAAGAACUCACGUACCACCAGCGGACCCACACCGGAGAGAAGCCCUACUUGUGCAGCGUGUGUGGGAAAGGCUUCAUCCGGAAGAAGGACCUCAAUAUCCACCAGCGAACUCACACUGUGGAGAAGCCGUACCAAUGCAGUGAAUGCGGUAAAAGUUUCGUCCAGAAGGCAGAGUUCACCGUCCAUCAGCGGACUCACACUGGAGAGAAGCCCUUUGUGUGUGGGGUGUGUGGAAAAGACUUCAUCAGGAAGAUCUAUCUCACCAUCCACGAGCGAACUCACACUGGAGAGACACCCUAUAAAUGUGGGGAAUGUGAUAAAGGCUUCAAGCAGAAGGCAGGCCUCACUGUUCACCAGCGCAUCCACACUGGCGAGAGACCUUACGCGUGCCAGGAGUGUGGCAAAAACUACAGGAAGAAGAGUCUGCUCACUCUCCACCAGCAAACUCAUACUGGAGUGAAACCCUUUCAAUGUGAAUGUGGUAAAGGCUUCUUCCAGAAAACAAACCUUUUUAAACACCAACGCACACACACCAGAGCAAAAACCUAUGCUUGCACGGAGUGUGGGGAGAGUUUCGUCGAGAAGAAAAGUCUCAGUCUUCACAAGUGCACUCACGCUGGAGGAAAACUGUCUGAACACGAAGCUUUGGGAAAUCUUGUGCGCUGGGACCUGGGGCUGCUGUCAGAUGACCUUGGGGUGUCUGGGUGA